ACCCCAGGACUACAAUUCCCAGCAUGCACCGGACCCCCCCGACCGCCAGGUGUAUGGGCGGACCCCCGCACAGUGCAUGCAGGGAAGUGUAGUUUUCUUAGCAGAAGGCGCACCGCCCCGUCGCCUGCGCGCCGCCGAGCGGGAGCCGCCAUGCCGGAGGGGAAAGCAGCGCUGAGGGAGGUCCUGCCCAAGCAAGGGCAGCUGUCCGUGGAGGACGCGGCCGCCAUGGUGCUGUGCAAACCCAAGGUGCUGCCCCUCAAGUCGGUGUCGCUGGAGAAGCUGGAGGCGCUGCAGCGGGCGGCGCUGGAGGCGGCGCGGCCGGCCGAGGGGGCGCCGCCGCCCCGGCCCUAGCCCCGGGCCCGGCCCCGGGCAGGGGCGGUGGGGCCCGGGCCCGGCCCCGGCCGUACCCGCGGCUCGGAGGUACCGGCUUUGUAACGGAGCUCGCGGAUUAAAGGCUGGCCGGGAA